AUGGUGAAGACUGCCUCGCGGGAAUAUUCGAAAACUUACAUGCAUGAGUGGUUUUCUACUUCCCCAAUUCGUGGCUCGUUCAAAAUAUUGCAGAGUACGACUCCGAACGGCACACCAAUGUACGCACUCUGUUGGGCAGACCGCAAACCCAAGUGCAUAAUUCCCAAUCGUGGUACAACACUUCCUGGCACUGAUAGCGUCCGCCGACGCCUUCAACUCAUUGUUGACGGUGGCCAAGAUUUUGCAGUACGAGCGUCGUAUUGA